AUGCAGGAUUCCAAUUACAAAAACAAAAACUCCGAGCCUUCGGGCUCUAAGUCACUAACGGACGAGCGUAGCAGCCCGUCCAUGGACCAACCACCCUCUCCGGAGGGUGAUUUUUCGAAAGUAGGGACGGGGGUUGUAGAGGUGGCAGGAAUACGCCAGACGGGUGCAUCCUCUCCUCCCCCUGGGAAGGUUGAGCCAGCGGACUCCAGGGGUCUAGCUCCUGGAGGGCCGCCUAUAACCGAGGACCGACCACCGUCCUCCAAACAGCACCUCCCCGACUGCGGGGAUGGCGCGGUGAGCCCGCCGGGUAGAGUUACGCGGACAGCCAUCCAACGCGGGACGAGUAUGUCCCUGGCGUCCGAGGGUAAAACCCCGGCACCGGGGACCAACAGGCCAGGGCAGCAAAAUUCAAAUCCAGGGCCCUGCGAGGACCACGCCGGAACCAACAACGGGACGGGCGGAGCCAAGGACACCGGCGGAGGAAGAAAAAGGACCAGAGAGGCCACUAACACCAGUGGCAGCUCCUCCAGCACGGAGAUUCCUACCCUCGAACCCAAGAAGAGGGAGCCUGGAUGGCUGCCCACCACGGGGGAGAGGGUGGGAGCGAAGAAGAAAAAGGAGAUGGAGAUAGAGAGGAAGGAGGAGGACAAUAGGAAAUUGGAAGAGGACAUCAGAAUCCUCUUCGAUACGGGCAUGCUUCGUUCGUUGGAAGACAGGCGCCCGAUCGAGGAGGUGUUCAGAGACAACGCCACUAUCAAUUUCCUGAGGGAGGCCAGGGUGGUCGAAUUGGCCUCGGAGGUGGGCCGAGCGCUGGGUGCGGUUCGUGGCCACCUCCGAGGCUGCUAUGGCCACCCUGCUGGCGAGAACGGUGGAGCUGGACAGCCGGGGGAGGAAGCCUCGGAAACCAAAAGGGAGGCGGAGGAGCUCCGAGCAGAGCUGAAGAAGCUCAGAGUAGAGAACAGGAGGCUGGGUGAGGAGCUGGAAGCCAUUAAAGCCUUCACCUCCUCUGCCCCUGCCCCUCUUCCCACUCCGUUCCUUAGAGGGAGGAGGCUAAUAUAUGCGGAGGCGGCAGCAGGGUCCACGUCGGCAUCCAGUGAGGAAGAGGAGAAGAAGACCAAGAGGGAGACGGUGAAGAGGAGGAAAAAGGAGAGGAAGAGGGAAAUCACUCCUUCCUCCCCUUCUUCCCUCAUCGAGAGGAAAGGAGCGGAGAGAGGGGAAUCAACCGGGGAAAUACCAUCUUAUGAUGAUAACGCCCCGGAAACCCCUCCUCCCCCAACGUGGAGGACAGAGAAAGCCGAAGAGGAGCUGGACGCCGCCAUGGCCGCCGCGGCCCCGGCUUGCAGCCAUGAGGAGGAGCUCCGCCGCAUGAGGGCGGAACUCGACUCCCUAAAAGCAGCAAGCGGAAUGGGCCGGGCGGCUGUGACGGUGGGGAUACCGGCGACCACUACGGCUCAGGCGGCAACAACGGAAGGGGAGAAGAAGAAGCAGGAGGUACCAAAGGGAAGAACCCAGGCCCUACGGACAUCGGUGGAUCUGAAGGGGACAAAGGGAGGGGCCAGAAAGGAGAAGAGGAAGAGGCAAAAGAAAAGACGGAAGGAGAGGGCCAGACGGAUGAAGGAGGAGGAAGAGAGAAGGGCCCGGGAAGGCGGAAAAGGGACACCGGCGAAAGACUUGCUGGAGGCAAUCCGACGGCCAACCGGAUCCCAACGGGAGCCAACGGCAAAGGACGAGCCGAAGUGGUCCCAAGUGUGUCGGCACUUUUUAGUGGCCACCGACAGGGGGGUUGGCGCCAUGGUGGUGUAG